GAUGUAUAUAUACUGUUGCACACGAGCAAACAAGGCAGAAUUUAUCACUGUUGGAAUGAUUUGUGAAGGAGAGCUGCUAAUUAAGCAGAAGCUGUGCUGGUUUUAAUCGAUGCUUUUUUUGAUUUUUUUGGUGUUUUUUUAGUGAUUAGUUUGGAUCAGAGGCUGAAUGUUUGUGUAAAAUUUCUGAAUUUGUAUAUUGGGGCGAUUUUUUUUAUUUUCGUAUGAGCUGUGAUUUAGCUAGGGUUUCAAGUGAUGGUGGUAUCAGGGAAUGAUCCGUUGGAAUCGUUUUUGAAUUCGAUUCAAGUGGUUAGGAGUGCUUUUUCUCCUAUAGAAUCGAAUUUUCAGAAGGUUACCAAGACUUUUGAGCAUUGUUUUAAUGGGGCUUCGAAAAAUUUGAACCUGAAUGCUGGGUUUGAUGAUGCUAGUGAUGAGGUGGUGGGAGCUCAGUUGGAUUUGAAUAAGAAGAGUGGGAAGCAUGUUAAUGGUAAUGGCGGUGAUCGGAGAAAGAGGAGAGUUCCAAUCAGGAUAUUGGUUGGAGUGUUUAAGGAUAGAGGUGUAAGUAGUGUGCAUAGUAAAGUACGUGUGAGUCGCAAUGACAAUGUAAAUUCUCCGAGGGAAGGGUUGAAAGAGGUAUAUGGAAAUGAGAGUGGUGGGAAUGGAGAUAAGAGCUUUCAUGGGAACUGUCUGCAUCUUGAUGUGGCGUUGUCAUUUUUGGUAAAUGGCUUUGUACAGGCUCUCCCGAUAUCAUGUAAGCAGGAGAAAAGGCAGGUUCCUAAGAUGAGUAAGGCAGAUAAAGCUGAAGUAAAAAUGGGGGUUGAUACUGAGAUUAAACAGGAGUUGAAGGUUAAAGAAGGAAAAGAUUUACCUUUGGAGUAUUUUAUAGGGUUUGUAGUUGAUCAGCUCAACCAUUUACCGAAAUUUGAUGUGGGUGUACAGCAAAAUGAGUGUAAGAGUGAUGAGUGUAAACCUUCAUCUGAACCUUUUAAUCAGUUUGACCACUUUAAGGCAUUUUUUAGUAUUUUAGAAGGAAAAAGGGCAGAUGUAAAUGGGUUUUUGGGGAAUUUGAAGUUUGCUCGUGUGGGAGGAGUUCCAUCAAGUAUGGUUGAAGUGCCUUCUGUGAAGGAUGUCGGGGAUGAUGGCAUUAAUAAUGCUGUUAAUGAGGAAGAAACUGGACGCACUUCACCGCAAAAAUCGCCCAAUGGGUUGUUAAGUAUUCCUCUAUCCAAUGUUGAACGGUUGAGGUCAUCUCUGUCAACUGUUUCUUUGACAGAAUUGAUCGAGCUUUUACCACAGAUAGGGCGACCUUCGAAAGAAGAUCAUCCUGACAAGAAAAAACUUAUCUCCGUCCAGGACUUCUUCAGAUAUACUGAAGCUGAAGGAAAGAGAUUUUUUUUCGAAUUGGACAGAGAUGGUGAUGGGCAAGUUACCCUAGAAGAUCUUGAAGUUGCUAUGAGAAAGAGAAAACUACCUAAGAGAUAUGCAAAUGAGUUCAUGCGUCGUGCGAGAAGCCACUUGUUCUCAAAAUCUUUUGGUUGGAAACAGUUCUUGUCCUUGAUGGAACAGAAAGAACCAACCAUUCUUCGGGCUUACACCAGCCUCUGUUUAAGCAAGUCUGGGACUCUGAAGAAAAGUGAAAUUGUGGCAUCAUUGGAGAAUGCAGGACUGCCUGCGAAUGAGGAUAAUGCUGUUGCUAUGAUGCGUUUUCUGAAUGCUGAUAUAGGGGAAUCUAUAUCCUAUGGUCAUUUUCGGAACUUCAUGCUUUUACUCCCAUCUGAACGACUUCAAGAAGAUCCAAGGAGCAUUUGGUUUGAAGCUGCUACUGUGGUUGCUGUUCCUCCACCGGUAGAAAUACCAGCUGGCAGUGUUCUAAAGGCAGCAUUGAUUGGAGGACUUUCCUGUGCUAUGUCUACAGCUUUAAUGCAUCCUAUUGACACGAUUAAGACGAGAGUUCAAGCAUCUUCAACCCUCAGCUUUGCAGAAAUUUUAUCGAAGCUUCCUCAACUUGGAGUCCGAGGCCUAUAUAGGGGGUCUGUUCCUGCCAUAUUGGGGCAAUUUUCGAGCCAUGGUCUCCGAACUGGAAUUAUGGAAGCAACCAAGCUCGUCUUGAUAAAUUUUGCACCAACCCUUCCUGAAUUACAGGUUCAAUCCUUGGCGUCAUUCUGUAGCACAGUUCUUGGAACAGCAGUGCGUAUUCCAUGCGAGGUGUUGAAGCAAAGAUUGCAGGCUGGUAUAUUUGAUAAUGUGGGUGAAGCUAUUGUCGGGACAUGGCGGCUAGAUGGUCCCAGGGGCUUUUUCCGUGGGACUGGUGCAACUCUCUGCCGAGAAGUUCCGUUCUACGUUGCGGGCAUGGGCCUUUAUGCUGAAUCCAAAAAGGCUGUCCAACGGCUUCUGGAACGGGAGCUAGAACCUUGGGAGACCAUAGCUGUCGGGGCUCUAUCUGGUGGACUGGCUGCUGUCUUGACAACUCCCUUUGAUGUGAUAAAGACAAGGACAAUGACUGCUCCUCAGGGACGCACCGUGACAUUGUCAAUUGUAGCUUUCUCAAUCCUGCGCAAUGAAGGCCCCCUCGGACUAUUUAAGGGUGCUGUACCCCGUUUCUUCUGGAUCGCCCCUCUGGGCGCCAUGAACUUCGCAGGCUACGAGCUUGCAAGAAAGGCUAUGGACAAAAACAAAAAUGAGGAAACUGGUGAGCCCCUUCUGCAGAAAUAGAUAGUUCCACCAGAUUUUUCUUUGUUAUAUAAAAAAGCUGCCUGAAGAAUUUUUUGGAGCUGUUCAGUAGCUGUUCAAUUCGCCGAAAAAAUGUGUUUUUCUCUAGCAACUUUUUUGUUUAUGAUAAGUUUUUCCGUGCUAUGAUAAACUAGCUUUUGACUUCGGAUUCA